GUCCCCUCCUCUCUCCAGAUGUGGAGGUUCCUUGGUCUCCCCAGAAGUGGGAUCCCCCCUACUUUCCCCAGAUGUGGGGACCCCUUUGUCUCCUCAGCAGUGGAAUUCCCCUCUUCUCUUCCCAGAUAUGGGGCCCCUUUGUCUCCUCAGAAGUGGGAUGCCCCCCUUCCUCUACCUAGAUGUGCUGUCCUCUCCUCCCUUCUGACCCAGUUUGGUUCUUGUCCUCUAAAACCAUUCCCCACCCCCAUGGGAUGCCAGACCCUGAGACUUUCCCCCUCCCUGGGGACUGGGGGAUGGGGCACAGCCUGUCACCUCCCUGCCAGCUCCAGCCUAGCAGGCUCCCUGCACGUAGGCAGCCAAUUAGGGGGAGGCCCCCCCCAACCAUCUGCACAGAGACCUCUGCAGAUGGUCCUGCAGAGGAGAGCUCAGGACCUGCCUCUCCCUACCUGGUCUCCCUGCCAGUUUCCCUGGGGGCAGACAACGGAGGGGGGUCCCCAACCUGUGCAGGCCCAGAACCCAGGCCCUCAGCUUCAAGCUGCUCAGACAACACUGAUGCUCUCCAGAGCCGCUUGGAGCUUGGUGCUGAGGAGAGGACCUGGAAUUCGGGGGACACACAGUCCAGGAGGUGCCGCUGAUGGCCAGGGCAAGAUGCCCUCCUAUACCAACUACUAUGCCCAGCGUACCUACCCCAUGCCAGACGAGCCCUUCUGCACGGAACUCAGCGCCCAGCAGCGUGCCCUGAAGGAGAAGGAGAAGGGAAGCUGGACCCAGCUGAGUCACGCUGAGAAAGUGGCCCGAGAGAAGCCUUUGGUCCUGGUGUUCCUCCCUUGAACAUUGCUUUUCCACCUGACAGCACUCUUGGUUUAAGAGCAACGGUGUCACAGCCGAGUGGCCAUGUCAGCCCCAGCCUCCUCACCUCUGACAACUAUGCUCAAGCCUACUUAGGUUACUUGACUGUGACUGUACAGGAGGUGAUUGAAAGAUACAGUGAAUGUUUAAAUUAAAAAACAAAAACUUAUCACAGUAAAAGACACAUUGCCAGGAAUGAUGCAGUAAGCAUGGUUGGCUGUGAGCUAAUGAGAGGACCCCACAUUAGGGGCUGUGCCUGCUGCAUCUGGUAUGUUCGUGGAACAUCUGGAGGGAAAAGGAGAAAGGGAGAGGGGGACAGAAAGAGAAGGGGAAGGGACCCUGAGAGGAAGGGAAAGAGCUGGGGGGGAGACAGUUUCCAGCACAAGGACAGGGCCUGGCUGCCUCAGCCACACUUCAGGGGCCUGGCUUUGCAGUAGAUGUUCAGUAAGAUGCCCAGCGAAUGAAUGGAUGGAUGAAUAGGGAGUAUUUUGAGGGAACAGUGGCAGUGUGUCUUUUAUUGCAAU